CAGAUCCAGCCAUUUCAACAGGAAGCCAAAUGUUUAUGCUGCCUGAACCAACAAACACUCCAGGCCUCAACAGAUGACCUUUAUCACUUUCGGAAGUCAUGGCCUAGAUACUAGUCCUGGUGUGGAGCAUGAUGAUGAACCAGGAGUGUGGCCUGGAGAUUGGACUGCUGCAUGCCCUGGAGUUGGUCCUGGCGGGGGAGCCUGGCGGCAGACGCGGGGUGCCCUAGGUCCAGGUGUGAGGCCCUACCAGGGGGUGGCAUUGGUCCAGGUUCCUGUCACGGACCUUGGAGUGGGGACCAAGAUUGCCGUUUGGUACCUUCGUACUGGGGCUACGAAUACAGCCUUACCAGCUUAUAUCUAGGAACCACCGUAACAACGGCGACACGGCGAACCCUUAUUUCUUGCAUCGCAACGGAAAGCUGAGACUGGUUCGUACCGGUACAUCGACCAGAUCCAUCGGCAGCUCCACAGCUCCACGCCUCUGCUCAUAGUACUGUCCCGAUUGAAGAUACAGUAUCAUGACGAGCAAACAGGAGGAGCGAAAGCCUAUACAAGAAGAUGACGAAUUGGAAAAGGGUUCAGAAGAUGAAGAAGAUGGUGGGAUGCAUCGGAUUCUCGUGGAGAUUGUGUCGGCGUUGAAUGUUCCGCGAAUGGAUGUCAAAUCAGAAUCAGAUCCGUUUGUGGAAGUUUCCAUGGGCGGCCAGGUGUUGCAUAAGACCAAACAUAUCAAUGACAGUGUCAAUCCGAUAUGGACGUUGGAGACAGGGUCGUUGUUCUUGUUGGAGUUUGCCAAAGACUCGGUGGAUUUAGAACAGUCCGCCGUGUUUUUUGUCGUCAAGGAUUACGAUGGGCCUGGAAAAAAGGAAGAUGUUCUGGGGGCCGUCGCUGCUCCGGUCAAGGCAUUGCUGAAUGGGAAGGGGGAGAGGGAGACAUUCCCAUUGGAUGUUCCACCGGAUGUAUUGGAAUACAACAAAAAGAAAAAGCGCUUUGUCUCCAAACGAUCCAAGCUGGUGCUGCGCUGCAAACCUGCCUCGAUUGAAGAGUAUCAUUUCAUCAAAACUUUGGAUGCCAAGCAACACGGAAUCUUUGCCAAUGAAACCUUUCUUCCACCCAGACUAUCAAAUGUCAAAUCAUCCGAAGGGACGCCUCAAAUCGCAGGCUGGGGAGCUCAAAUCUUGGCCACGCAAAUGGGCAGCGACAAAACUGACAGUCUGUUAGAACAAGCUUUUCAACCUUCUCAAGACUGGAUUGAAGUGGGUUCAGGAACACAUGGACGGGUGUACUUGGAAGUCCUUGGUUGCAAUGAUCUGCCCAACUUGGAUUCUCCCACCAUCGGCAACCUCAACAACAUGACCGAUGCCUAUUGCUGUCUCAUCAUGGAAGAUAGUAUUGUCAACACAACUGUCAUCAAGGAUACGCUCUCGCCGCGAUGGUUGCCCAACGACCGACGGGCUUUUGUGUUUCAUGUUCACCAUCCUUCCUCGCAGCUCUACAUUGGUGUCUUUGACCACGACAAGGUCACCCGAGUGGCCAAUGCCAUGAAAGACCGGGUGCAUGAUCCCAUUGGACGAGUCUUGGUCAAUUUGACGCACUUCCGUCCAGGGACACUCUACACGCUCCACUAUCAUCUCUAUCUAGUCAACAACUCUGCCGAAAAGUCUCGAGCCGAACAAGCACACAAUGGAACUCUCACGAUUCGGCUACGCAUCGAAUGGGGCAGCGGCGGCGACUCGAUACAACAACCGUGCAUCAAGGGAAAUGAUACCAAGAACAUGCUGAUUGAAGGCAUGUUACCUCCUCACGUGGAACAUCUGGCAGUACCGAAUCGACACGACUUUCGAGUAGCACAUUACACCAUUGUUGGAAAAUACGAUCCCCAGAAAUUCAACUUGAAAACAUUGACUGGUUAUGUGGAAGAGAUUCAGACAUAUGUGGAUGAAGAAGUCAUCACGAUGGUGGCCGCAGCGGCGUUGACGAUCCUCCUGUGGCGGGGGCAUUACGAAAUAAGAGUCUUUGGUAAAAGUGUCCUCGUGCCGUUCCAUUCCAUGGCGGCCUUUGCAUGGGGGGUUCUCGUGACACAAAACUACAAUCGGUUCUUGUCCUUCCUUCUAUUUUGUGUCGCAUGGUUCUUUUUGGCUACCAACGAAUACCGACGGAGUCAUCCGUCACCGUGGCACAGAGGCAAGUCAUUUGCAGAGCUCUUGGGGGCCCUUUUGGUAGGUACAAUCUGCGGCUGUCUUGGCAAAUGCGUGCCAAAUGUUGGGAACACGACAAUUGAGCACAACGAGAACCUACCAGCCGUCCAGGCGUACUACGAUGCAGUGAAGGCACGGCGUGAACAGCAAGCCAAGCAAAAAGAGCAAGCUAUUGAACAUGCAGCGCAAAUGGAACAAGAGGAAAUGAAACAGCAAAUGCAGAUUGAUUCCAGCGCCAUUGAAGGCGUCGUCAACAUUGCCACUGGACCAAAGGAUAGCUUCAUGGGGUCGAUGAACCCGUUGAAACCGAUUUUGCACCCAGUUCAGAUGAUUCUCUACCAGGUGUGCCGCUACCUUCGAAUCACCAAAAGUAUUGUCACUUGGGAAGAAAACUACUAUCCUUUCUGGAUAACUCUCUGCUCUAUGCUGGGCGCUUUGCUCUUCUUUUUCAUUCCUUGGGGGUUCAUCCUGAGAUGGGUUGUGCGAAUUGCAGUGUGGGUGGUGUUGGGACCAUGGAUGAAGCUUGUGGACUGGAUGUACUUUGGAAAGCUCGAAAACAUGACAGCAGAGGAGAAGAAACAGAUGCUGGAGGAUGACUUGCGUAAUCAGUACCAGGAAACUCUUGCGCGGCGGAUGCGAAGUGAGGAAUACAAAGAGGACAUGGUCAAGCUCAAGAGCAUGCUUAAGUAUCUGUUUGGCAAGUAUCUGUUGGAAGUCCCAAGAUUUCGGGAGAGUCGGUUUUUGGACUACCCACUACCAGCUUCUACAGCUGAACCGGUCGUUGACGCUCUAUCGGAGGCAGACCUUAAUGUUGUGGGCCAGAUCUGUGGCCAAACCCUAACAGGUCCAAUGAUCCCAACAAGAAUGAUCCAAGAGCAUCCAUUGCUGACUGAAGAACCAGAAGACACGACAAGUUUCUUGCGCGUCUGGGGGCAUAGUGUUCACAAGUCGAUUUCAUCCUCUCAGCUAAAAAUGGAGGAGGACGAGCCCACAAAAGGCGAAGAAAAGCCGUUGCUGCCAAAGACCGGCAAGAAGAAAAAGAAAAAGUGGUAUGGAUUGUUUCCACGCUUGCGAAAGUAAGUAGAGCUCCACUAGUCGAGCCAUUGGGUGAAACGAAAGGGCAGAACACGAAACUGUUUAGGCACCCGGGGGGGGGGGGCGGAGUAGGCAGAUCUUUUACGAGGCUUCGUUCUUGUUACAGUAAACAGCGGAUCAUUUCAAACUUUCUACUAGUAUUGCUUAUUAGUUACAACCACCG